AUGCACAAGCGCCACCCCUCAAGCUCAUCCAUCCCCACCAGCACCUCCCGCACCUCCAUCUCGCCCUCGAGGGCAACGCUCCUCAGCAGCCCACGCUCUCCCAUCCAUUCCCGGGCCAGCAGUCUACUCUCACGCAGACGGCUGCUCGUCGUUCUGGCCAUCUUGAGCACGGUCUUCAUCCUGAUCCAUUUCAUCAGCUGGUCGGGCUCGCCUAUGGGACCUCUGCCGGGGUUCGCGACCCGGUCGGCGGGCUCGCGUCGGACGGAUGCCUAUCUGAUCUCGGCCCGGAGACAGCGGCUGCUCCAGGGCGCCUCGACCUCGUCCGCCGGCCUGGGCCCCGCCAACUUCAGCGACCUGGCCCCGUUCACCUUCUGCCCGACCUUUGGCGAGACCGACGAGCUCGGACAGGUCUACGGCUCCCAGGCCUUGCUCAAGACCCGCACCCACGUCGGCUCCAGCGAUCGCAUCCGCAGGGUCAUCAGGCGCGCCAUGGCCGGCUUGCCCAUCACCAUCGGCAUCCUCGGCGGCUCGAUCUCCAGCUGCCAUGGUCUGGACGCCACCGCGGCUCACCCCUUAGGAAACCCUAUCGGCCCCAACUGCUAUCCACACCGAAUUUUCACCUGGCUCAACGAUGUGUUUCCUCAUCCGGCCAACGAGCUCACCAAUGGUGCCUUACGUCGAACAGGAACAGCCUACUACGGAUUCUGCUCCGCCAUGCAUCUGCCCGAUCGUGUGGAUCUGGUGAUUGUAGAAUUUGAUACUGAAGAUCCACAUGAACCCGAGACGAUCUCAACCACCGAUCUGCUGAUCCGUUCGCUUCUCCUUCGACCGGACCAACCAGCAGUCAUCUUACUCGGCCACUUCGCCCCACAGUUCCAAAACGAACAUGGAUUCACGGGGCCUGAGGUUUGGCAUUCAGCCGUCGCCCACUUCUACGAUGUGCCUCAUUUGACGGUCAAAGGUCUACUCUACGAGGAGUAUCUGGCCAAUCCUGAGAAAGUCUCGCAGUCGUACUUCAUCGACCCGGUGCUUGCGAAUGCUAAAGGACACGAGCUGUUGGCGGACACGGUGAUCUCGUUCCUGGAGAGCGAGAUAUGCGUGGUAUGGGACGAGGCAGCACUUGAGGCCGAUCUGGCAGGACUGUCGCCCCCAGUCCUGGGGGAUGCAUCGCUGAUGAGUGGUUCUCAAGCAAACACAGCCCCGAGUCUGUUAGGCGGCAAAGGGCUCCGGAAGGGCUCCGAGCCUGGAGCUGAGGGCAGCGACGAGUCGAGCGGGACCCUGGGGCUCUCGAAGACGGCCAAGGCGGGAUACUCGAAGGUGCCCGCAUACCGGAUCCACGACAAGCCGCACACCUUGGCCGGCUUCCGGGAGAUCAAGCCCAGCUGUGCCUCCGCCAACGACCUCAUCAACCCGCUCCCCCAGUCCGUCUUCAUCAACUCCGGAUGGUCCCCCGUCGCACCCAAACUGGACGCCGAAGACGAACGACAUUACUGGUUCUCUGAGCGACCCGGGAGCCUCAUCAAGAUCCCCCUCAAAGUUUCCGGCGGCGAUAUCGCCGUCUAUUACCAGAAAGGACCCAAGAAAGACGGCUGGGGUACCGUCAAAUGCUGGGUCGAUGAUAACGUUGCUGGCGCCGUCGAGAUCCACGGAUUCUGGGACCAGGACCACGCGAAGCCUGUGAUCUCGCAAGUCGAUCGUGGCGUCGGAAAAGGCUCUCAUUACGUGGUCUGCGAGUUGCAGGGCAAGCCCACCGACCAAGCCAAAUUCAAAAUCUACGGGAUAUUCUCUAGUUAG